AUGUUCACUGUACGUACUCGUAUAUGGCGCAUACGCUCCUAUGAUCCAGCUUACAGUACUGCAGUCUACAAUACGGGCAGCAUGGGCGCCUGCAAGCUCGACGGUUCCAUGUGCUUGGGCCACGAGUCGUCCGGUAUCGUCGUUCAGCUCGGAGCCAACAUUGCCGAGCAAGCCUCGCGCUCCAGCGACAUUGCUGCUUCUCGUGGGAUUGCCGAAGAAUCCAACAAGGGUCCAAUCGCCGGACGACCACUCCGGCUUGGGGACAAGGUGGCUCUGGAGCCCGGAGUGACUUGCAGAAUGUGUGUGGAUUGCAAGUCGGGACAGUAUCAGAUCUGCGAACACAUGCUUUUUGCCGCUUACCCGCCUUCCAAAGGCGGAACUCUGCAACGAUACUAUGCCCUCCCCGCGGACCUGGUGUACCCUCUGCCUGAAUCUGUCGCUCUCGAGUAUGGUGCCAUGAUGGAGCCUCUCUCCGUCGCCACCCACGCCGUCGCCAAUGUCGGUGGUGUCAGGUCGGGCUACAAUGUUCUCAUCACCGGUGCUGGCCCUGUCGGUCUGCUGGCCAUGGCCGUAGCCAAGGGUAUGGGAGCCAACACGAUUGUGGCGGUGGAUAUCAACGAGGAGAGAUUACAGUUUGCCAGGGAAUAUGCUGCUACCCAUACCUACAUUCCUGUCAAGCCCAACGCUGAAGAGAAGCCUCUCGCCUACUCUGAGCGGGCCGCCGCCCAUCUCUUGAGAACCUGCGACAUUCCCAAUCGCGGUCCCGGCUCUAUCGACCUUGUCGUCGACGCUACUGGUGCUCCGAGCUGUGUCGCUUUGGGCUUGCAGACCGUUCGACCUGGCGGUACGUAUGUCCAAGUCGGUUUCGGACCUCCCGACGUCCCCGUGCCCAUGUUCCGCAUCACCACCAACGAGAUCAACAUCAAGGGCGCCUGGCGCUACGGUUCUGGCGACUAUCCCCUCGCUAUCGACCUCGUCGCCAGAGGGCUGGUGGAUCUCAAGCCGCUGUUGACCCAUACCUUCAAGUUUGAAGAAGCGCUGGAGGCCUUUGAGAUUACGAAGAAUGGAAAGGAUAAAAAUGGGAAGGGGGUCAUCAAGUGUGUGAUUGACGGGCCAGAAUGA